UACAUACUCAAUGGCGUAGCAUGCAACGUGCUCAUGUGACCCGCCGCCGUUAUCAGCAUAACUUUUUGUUAUCGCCCCUCAAGCUCUGGCAUCCACCAGCAUCCGGAUAUCAAAUCUCAACGAUAAUCCAAAAUGACGAGUGACGACCAGUUUUUCUUCGACUACCUCGCUUCCAUCCCCCAUGACGUAAAGCGAUACUCGCUCCAGGUCGCAAACUCCAUCGACCGACAAGUCGACAGCGCUGCUACAACCCUUCGAGACUCGCUGUCACAACAGUCAUGGCUUCCUUCAUCCGUACGACCUUCGCGAAAAACCGUUGAUGUCGUUCCAACGCGGUCGUUGACGGGUCGCGUGCAAGAUUGGGUUAUUUCAAAUCGGGCGUUGAGUGCCUCCGCCUUGGCGUUUAUCGGGACGACAUGCGUUUUGUAUUUUGGGAAUAAGACGUUGAAUGGGAAGCGGAGAAAGGCGAGGAGGGCUGGGAAUGGUGCCCGGAAGGAAAUAGUCGUUAUUGCCGGUUCACCCCACGACCCGAUAGUGAAGUCGAUUUCUUCAGACUUGGAGCGACGAGGAUACAUAGUUUAUAUUACAGUGUCGUCGGCAGAGGAGGAACAUGUUGUUCAGUCGGAGAACCGGAUAGAUAUCAGGGCACUUUGGCUCGAUUUGACUACGACGCCUCCAUCGCCAUCUGAUAUCCAUCCGUCCUUACGAGGAAUCCGCUCCUUGAUCACACAGCCUCAGUUCCCCAUGCCUGGUGUGCCACCACACACUUGCCAGCUGAGUGGUCUCAUCGUGAUUCCUUCGUCCCACUACGAACAUGGCCCCGUGGCCACGAUCCCCCCGUCUACCUGGGCCGAUACGGUCAACACCCGAAUUCUCUCCCCGGUGUUGGUGACCCAGCUCUUCCUGCCCCUCCUCACGCUGCGCAGCAGCCCUAGCAACAUCGUCCUCGCCUAUCCCUCGAUCUCAUCCUCGCUUUCCGCACCCUUUGCAGGUCCCGAAGUUGCAACAGCGCGUGCCCUGUCAGGGUUUGCAACAUCUCUUCGAACGGAACUUAGUCUUCUGCAAAAUGGAAACGUGAGCGUGGUGGAACUGAAAUUGGGCAACCUGGAUCUAGGGUCGUCUCGACCUCAGAGCCGUGUUGCAGGGACGGAAACUCUGGGUUGGAAUGCUCAGCAGCGCGCUCUGUACGGAUCUCAGUACCUAUCCAGCAUUGAACAGCGGCCGGUGGCAUCCGCAGGACCAAGUGCGGUGCGAGGAUCCCCGGCACGUCACUUGCACCACGCGGUACUUGAGGCAUUGGAGCCGCCGUCGAAGAAUAUCUUCGGACAGAAGACGUCGAAAACGACGGUGGUGUAUGCUGGCCGGGGAGCGCGUAUGUAUGGUGUGAUUGGGGCGUUGGCACCGGGCGGCUUAGUAGGAUGGAUGCUCGGGCUUCGCAGUGGAUACGCGACUGCGGGCGAUGGGAUGAGUGGAAGCUUCCAUGAGGCGAGUUGGGAAAAGGUUUAGUGUUUAAUUCUUUUUUAUUUCUUGCUUUCUUGUUCUUGGCUGGGCACUGUAUGCAUUAUGGGUAAUUGAAUCUUCACUCAGGUUAUAGCAUUCACAUUGCGUAGAAUACUACCAGUACGCGAGUCAUUCUGCAACGGACACCGUUUGGAUGUGACUCGGAAGCCAAUUGCUAGUCCCAAUCUGACACAAUGGCAAGAUCCAGACCCGUUUCC